AUGGACGAACUACGCUUUCGCUCUCAGCAGUCCCCGCGGGGCAACGACCCGGCCAUGCACUCGUUUGUCUCACCUCCUCGAAAUGCCUCCAGAAUGCCGGCCCCCCAAGCCAACCCUCACGUCGGAGCUCACGACCAUCGAUCUGGCCUUCCCCGCCGCUUCACCACCGACUCUGGCCGAGUCCCGACGCUAUCUACCUUAGGUGCUCAGCGAGUGCCAGAACCCCCCCAGGAUUAUAAUGCGAUGCAAAAGGUGCAAUUGAUCGAGAAGAAGAAGAUGGAGUACGAGCGCAUCCGGGAACAAAGGCGGCGUUUUGAACUCGAGAUGCAAAAGCUAGACCAGCAACAACGGCGGGAAGCUUUGGAGCUUGCUCAGAUGGAGGAGGAAGUUGGUAGAAUGGGUGGCCACCAGUCCGAGCCUACGACACCCCCAGAAUACCGCGACAACUCUGGGUUCCCUACGUUUUUGUCACGACCGAGCCGAUAUUCGAUGUCCAGCUUAACCUCCCCGCCAGGUUUCUUUAACCGCGCCGUUAGAUCCGGUUCGCAGCUUGCAUCUCCCCAAUCUGGUAUAAGACAGGCACGAUUCGGCUUCGACGACACCACAACACAAAUGCCUUCUCGCUCUGUCCCAACUACACGCCGGAAUAGUGACGACGAGAAGGAGGAGGCCGUUCGACAGGACCCAAGUAGCCAUCGGUCGGGUAACUCCAUCAACCGCUACUCAAUGCCCGUGACCCGUUCGCGCACUGGAUUGUACGACGUGGGCCUUGAUCAGACAAACACUACUCGUUUCCUUUUUGGCGACGAGGAUUCAAACGGACUGAGCCACAGUGUUCCUGACGAAAACUUUCCGACUCUCGUUCGCCGUGACGAACAGAUUCAGAAUCUUUCGUCGGUCAACGGAACCUCCAACAUCGUGAGCGAUCUCGUGGGCCUCGCCUCUCGGCCUGCUUCCCUCCGUCAUUCCAUUGAUCUCAAGUACAUCUCCGAGAACGCUAUCGAACCCAGUUCUAUGAUGUCUCCCUCUGGUAACGGCAAUAUGGCCACACCCCCUAAGCUACAGGGCUCGUUCUCUUCGAACGAUGUUCCGACUGUCAAGAGCCCAGGAGGUUCGUCCUCCAAGGCCAACACCCACGCUCAGCAGCAUUUCCACAAUCACAAUGCCAGCCUCGGUCGAAUUCCUGCUGGUGCAAUCCAUCGCGGUCAUAGCCGUGAGCUUUCUUCUGACAACGCUGCUGCCAGCCGUGAACAGUCUGGAUACCCGUCCAUACAAUCUGCCCUGCAGGCCAGUGCUGCUCCCUUUGGGCCUAGCACCACAGCUCCCGCCCCAGCAUCUAUGGGCAACGCUCCAACUGGCGCUCCUUCCAUGAACAGCAACUUCAACAACGGGUAUUAUCCUAUGAACGGCUACGGCGUUCCUCAAGGUGCCCCUCAGGGCAGUACCCCUCAAGGGGUUCCCCAGGGUGCCACCCACCAGCCCGGCACUUACAAUUCGAACAUGCUUGCGAACAGUAUGCAGCAGAUGAGCAUGAAUGGAGCCAAUGGUGGCAGCAUGUAUCAGCCCCAGAACUUCAACGGAUACAAUGCUGGUCACUACAACCAGGGCAAUCAGCCUCGCGACAGCCAGGCCCGUGUCAUGCAACAUCGCCGCCAGCUUGACAACGAAGCCAUGUCCCGCUUCCAGAACAUGCCUCUCGAGUCCUUUGUAGGUACGAUCUACGAGCUUUGCAAGGACCAGCAUGGCUGUCGCUACCUCCAGAAGAAGCUCGAGGAGCGCAAUCCCGACCAAGUUCAUAUAAUUUGGAACGAAACCAACAAGCACGUCAUUGAGCUCAUGACGGACCCGUUUGGUAAUUAUUUGUGCCAAAAGCUCCUAGAGUACUGCAAUGAUGACGAGAGAACCACUUUGAUUCAAAACGCUUCCCAGGAUAUGGUCCGCAUUGCGCUCAAUCAGCAUGGUACACGCGCCCUCCAGAAGAUGAUUGAGUAUGUAAGCACUCCUCAGCAGGUUCACAUCAUAAUCGAGGCCCUGCGUUUCCGAGUCGUCGAGCUCAUCCAGGACCUCAACGGCAACCAUGUCAUCCAGAAGUGCCUCAAUAGACUUCCUCCCCUUGAUGCUCAAUUCAUCUUUGAUGCCGUGGGCAACAAUUGUAUCGAGGUUGGCACCCACCGACAUGGCUGCUGUGUUCUUCAGCGCUGCAUCGACCAUGCAUCUGGCGAUCAGAAGCUUUGGCUCAUCCAGCGCAUCACCGAGCAUGCGCGAAUUCUUGUUCAGGAUCCGUUUGGCAACUAUGUCGUCCAAUAUAUCAUUGACUUGAACGAGCCUAUCUUCACUGAGCCUAUUGUUCAGACCUUUAAGGACUGUAUCACCCAAUUGUCCCGCCACAAGUUCAGCUCGAACGUCAUCGAGAAGUGCCUUCGCUGCGCCCAGCCUCCCUCGAAGGACCUUAUUGUGGACGAGCUUCUGCGUAACCAGGAGAUGGAGCGCCUUCUUCGGGACUCUUUUGCCAACUAUGUCAUUCAGACAGCCUUGGAGUACGCUACUCCUCAUUACAAGUACCGCCUUGUAGAGGCAAUCCGUCCAAUCUUGCCUCAGAUCAGAACUACACCCUACGGUCGUCGCAUUCAAGCUAAAAUCUCGGCCUUCGACAACCGCGGUAGCGCUGCUUCUAGCGGUCAAGUGACACCCGCCGAUAAUACCCAAGGUCAAAUCCCUCUGCGGGCUACUCACUCUCGGGGUCUUUCUGGAAACGUUCCUAUGCUUCAGGGCAAUGGCAUUCCUCCCAACGGUCCCAUGUCCACUAUGCGACAAAACGUGCCUGUCUAUCCUCCUAACCCAACCAUGAAUGGCCAGGCCUCUUCCACUGGCGCACCUGUUCAUCAACCCCAGUAUGGACAGGCCCCAGGCAACUUUACCCCCAACCCUGCUUCCAACGGCGCUGCUAAGGGUAGCGCCGGCCCUACAACUCCUGCCAACGGCAACACCAACGGCAGCACGGGCAACGCCGGGGAGGCUCAGUGGGUUUAG